AUGUUUUUGGGAGUAGCUUAUGUUUCAAGUUUGCCUCGAGGUUGGAGUAUAUAUGCAGUCUACACUUUCACUGUGGUCAAUCAAGUUUACAAGGAAAGAUUUAUGAAAAGAGGUUUAGAACAUGAGUUUUUUGCAAAUAAUGAUGAUUGGGGUUAUGGAUCUUUUAUGGAAUUGACCCAACUUCAAGACCCAUCUAAUGGGUAUAUUUUGAAUGAUGAUAAAUGUAUUAUUGAAGUUGAAUUUUCUAAAGUAAGCCCUGUAGACACUCAAUUUGUGGGACAAAUAGAGAUAGCAUUAGUCCCAAAGGAUAAUGAUGGUGUUAAGUUCAAGGAUUUAGGACUAAUAGAGAAAGCAUUGGUUCCAUUGCUAGAGGAGGCUUGUUCAUGGCAUCCUUCAUUGAUGGACUAUAAGCAAAAGAGAAGUCCUAAGUUUACUGAGUGGGCAUUUACUGCAUUGGGUCGUGUUCUACAAUUCUUGAAGAAUAAGAAGUGGAAGGAUAUGAAUGAGAAGGCUUGUGAAGAGCUUCAGCAUUUAUGGGAGGAACUUGAGAUGAGUAGAUUAGACUUGAGGUGGUUGGAGCCUCUUGUUAAAUCUUCUUUAAAUAUGAAAGGAUAUGCUGAGAAGGUAGAGACAAUCAAAAGGUUAAAGCAAAACCUGGUAGUUUUGGAGAUAGAGAUGAAUGAGACAAAGGAAAAACUAGCUAACAUAGAACAAAGUGUUGAGAUAAUAAGAAAAAAUUUAGUAAACGCAGAAGAUGACUUUGAAGAGAAGGAUCUGGAUGCAAAAAUUGAUUAUAGGAAAUCCUAG